CGAAAUGCUCAAAUAAGUGAUAAUUUAAGUAAAUAUUAGCUGCUUAUGGCUAUUGCACCAAUAAUUGAUGACAUAAAUUUCGUUAUAGUUAAUACUACGGUUAAGGUUAUGGCUUAAUUCGCGAAUUACUUAGAAGCGAAAAUUGGAUAAUCUGUUGCAAAACAAAUGCAACGGAAAACUUUCACUACCCAAUCGGAAUGGAAGACGAAAAGUAAGUAAUGCUGUGGUUAUGCUGGCGCACAUUUGGUGUGGGGUGGUUAAAUAGAGUUGUUGUGGUUUACAUAGUUGUAUUCUUGAAAACAGAAAUUUAGUUUGAAAAUUCUUUUUUCUUUCCUGCGAGCAAUACUUAUUGAAGUACUUAAACAUAUAUGAGUCAAGAUUUUCCAAGUGGGCCCCCCAAAGUUGAUUUUUUCGAUUUUUUAAAAGCCAUUGGUCGCUGUCAAAGUCAAAAGUCAUUGUCACGAAAGCGCUUCCAUUAAUUUUAGUUUUUCGAGGAGUUAUUUGUAAUUUUGGUGUUUCACCGAGAUUCGAACGUACAUUCUCUCUGAAUUCCGAAUGAUAGUCACGCACCAACCCAUUCGGCUACGGAAUCCGCAGCUGUGGCCGAUUAGGGCAUACAAAAAUAGCGGGCAUACAAGCAAACAUUCAGGUAUAUUUUGUGUGGCAAAGAGGAAGGAUGUGGGAACAAAUUAAAAAAAACAAAGUGCAUUUUAUGUGAUAAUGAGAGAUUGAAACCAAUGUCCUGAAUUAAAAUCAUGACUAUAAAAAAUUAUCAAGGAAAAGAGCAAAAAAUAUCCUUCUAUUUGUGUGCGUCUUGAUGUUUUUCCACAAAUGGAACACAGACCCUUAUUAUGAGCAACAUUCGAUCUUCGACUGUAGUCGAAAGGGCUGAUCGAACGAAUUUUCAUUUGGUAUUAUGGUGCUCAUUCGUUGAAGAAUAGGACUAUUGUGAAUUUCGAUCGCUCGACGUAUUUACAAUAGAUAAUUUUUUCUCAGCUGAUACAGCAAAUCAAAGUAAAAGAAAAACCGAUUGUGUUGAAAUUCUUUGCUAACAACAUUUUUAAAAGUUAAAAAAAGUAUUUUUUGUGAAAAUGAGUACAACGGAGUUGUGGUUCGACGAUUUAUCGGACGAUGAAAGAUUAGCGGAACUAGCUAAAACUAGAAAACAGUUGAGGGGCGCAUCCAACCCCCUAGAAAUGGCUUCCACUGAAUUUUUAAAGAACUUUAGAUUAUAUAAAGAGGCGUUUAUGAACCUACUGUCCAGUACAGAAAACCAGUUGCAGCAGUGCACUCGAGCCAAAUCCAUUCCAAAUAUUUUAAAGCUAGCCACAGUUCUGCGAUUUUAUGCUCAAGGAUCGUACCAAUUGAGUAUUGGUAAUGAAGGUAUGCUAGGACUUGCUCAACCCACUGUGUCUGUUGUGCUAUCGGAAAUAAUAGAUGUCGUGGAAAAUUAUAUUUGCCAAAGAUGGAUACAAUUUAGUAGUACAGAGGCUGAUCUGCAACAAAGAAAAGCACAUUUUUAUAGCAAAUACAGCAUAAGAAAUGAAAUUCUUAGAAUAUUAUAGAAAAAUCUAAAAAGUAUUAAAUAUAAACCUUUACGCCACAGUUUCUGUUUUAUUUUUGUUAUAAAUUUUCUUUAUUCAAUUAUUCGUCAUUCGAAAAAAAUAUGUAUUUCAGUUCUUCUUCGUAUUUCAGCCCAUACCUGCCAAGAGAAAAUAAAAAUGUACUUCUAUAAACAUCACAAAAAAAAAAAAACCAUUGUUAACCUUAAUCCAUUUUGCUGCCGUUCUAACUGGUGGUCCCAAGCAAUUCAGCUCCGUUGUAAAUUCCUGCCAUUUUUUUGCUGCUUGAACU